CGCCCGGCGGAGGAAAGAUGCAGCUGGGCGGGCGGCGCUAGCCGCUGCGGGGGCCAUGGCCGGCGGGUACCAGCUGUGGGCGCCCUGGUCGCCGCUGGACGAGUCCCUGCAGUGGCUGCGGGGCGCCACCCCGCGGCCGUGCACCAAGCACCCGUUCCGGCCGGCGCCGCGCGGCUGCUGCCCGCAGAGCGCGGCCGCGGACCUGGAGGUGCAGCUGUGCUUCCAGGGGCUCAGCCUGCUGCUGGAGCCGGGCGCCAAGGGGCCCGGCCCGCCGGCGGGGGAGCCGCGGCGGAGCGCGGCGCUGCGCAAGCCCCAGGCGGUGCGGCUCAGCGGGCUGGACUCGGUCUUCGGGCGGCUGGUGACGGCGCAGCCCCCGCGCUGGACCGGCUCGUUCCGGGUGUCGGAGCGCUCGGCUUUCUGCCAAGUGAUCAGCCCCCGGCAGCGCUGGCCCCGCGGGCUCCGCGAGCCGCAGGUCCGCAUGGCCGUGGCCAUGUGCCGCCAGAUGCUGCGGGCCAUCCUGCUGCUCUACGCCGCCUACAAGAAGUGCGCCUUCGCCCUGCAGCACUCGCGCUGAGCCGCCGGGCCCGACCCGCCCGCCGCCGGCCCCGCUCCCUUCCCACCCGGGCGGCAGGAGCCUGCCCCACGCACACGCGGCUGGUGCCCGAAGCGGCCGCAGCCCCAGGCGCUGACUGGAUUGUAGCUGCUGACUGACACCUCCGCCUUGCCCUCGUAGCGCCUCUGCGGGCCUCGUUCACACUGCGAGUCCCCCGGUGGAGACUCUGUGCGAGACCGGCAACGUCAGCGGACGCUAGUGGAACUGCAGCCAUUCAUGUGUGUGUACAGCUAAAUUUGAAGGCUCUUCCAGUCAAGUUGAAACCGAUAGAAAGGGGGGCGGGGAUUGCGCUACAUUUCUAACUUUACCGGUGCCCAACAGUGUUUUGUUUACAGCUAACGCAUGCAACCUACAAGAAAUGAAGGUUUUGCAUUACAACACGGAAUUUUAAAAUAUGCUGGCAACUAAGAUGCACAAGUUUUUCCUGCAUGAAGAGCACUCUACAAUAUUUAAAGUCAAAAUCCUUAUGGUUUGUUUAUACCUAAAGGAUGAAGCCUACAAGUGUAACUUUGAAUACUAUUAGGUUGGUUCAGAAUUGGUAUAGGAAGGAUCUCACAAAUCAAACAGAUUGAACCACUCCAACUUGAUAGACAUGCAGAUAUACAGUAUGAAAUAUUUUAGUUAAUGGAUACAUAUGUGCAAAUUUGUCUUACAAAUUGUAAGAGUAAUAUUCAAAUCAUUUGCAACCAAUUGGACUUCCACCUUGCAACAUUCAUAGUAAAAUAAUUCUUAUUAUUUGCUACUAAUGUAUGAAGAAGUUCACAGUCCAGCUAGAACGUCUUAAACAGUUUUCACAUAUAACAUUUAAAAGAUCCUUAUUAAUUCACAUCAAGUUACAAAACACCAAGACUAACAAGAGUUACGCUAGUGGCUUCUUCCUGCAUUCAAAGUAAAAAAUUGUUAUGACUGGUUUACAGCUUAUGAACUUACAAGAAAUUCAGUUUUGCUUUACAGUGUUAAGUAAAAUCUGCAUGAAUUGGUUAAAGCUAAUGGAUGAGGCUUACAAAGAAACGCACCCUUUACCUUGCAACAUUCAAGUAAACUACUCACAUUGAAAUAUUAUCUGUUCCUAAUGAAUAGAGGCACUUACAGCCAAAUGAACAAACAAUUUACUGUAAAUGCAUUGUUGCCUUACAUGUAUUAAAAGUCACUGUUAUUUGUUUACAUCUAAAUGGAUGCAACUGAUAAAAGCAUCAUUAUACUUUUAAAAUCUGUAAGACAAACUCUUGAUGACUUGUUUACAGCUCAAAGAUGUAAUUUACAAAGAAAUGCACCUUUGCCUUAAAACAUUCCAAGAAGAUGCCUGAUAAUUUGUUUACAGUGAAUGGAUACAACAGUCAAGAAAAGCACCUUUGCCUUGUAACAGUCAAAGUAAAAAUAGUUGUGAUUUAUUUCCAGCCAAUGCAGGCAGUUUAUUAAAAGUGCAACUUUUGUUUUACCUCAGCUCAAGAGGUUCACAGCUGAUGUAUGACAUUCAUAAAUACACCUUUCCCUUUCA